CCGUCCCCAUAGACCAUGACAAACGUAAUCAUAGGAACACCACGGACUAUGACAAAUACUACGUAGGUAGAGAUCAUCAUAGAUUGUGACAGACAUAGUUCAUAUACAAUGCAAGACCGUAUAGAUAUAUAACGUCUUGUUAUAAUAUAUGACACUACUACCAUAUGGAAUUUCUGAAGAAAAUCUAUUGAAUAAAAUAAUCCUCUUGUGAUGAUGAAUAGCAACUACAUCGUCUUUUAGAUUUUAAUCCUGCAUGAAUUGCACGAACAGCUUUUUGUUUAAAUAACCUUGUCUUUUUUAUAGGAUUUAAGACAACGUUUAGUUGUUAUUCAACCAGAAUUAUUACAUUUAAAUGAUGAAAUAGAAAAUCUUUCUAAAGAAUUAAAUGUUGUUUCAUUAGAAAAUGAUAUUAUUAAUCUAAAAGAUAAUUUUAUUAGAAUAUCAAAUGAUGUUCGAGAAAAAUUUCAUAGUCAUAGAAGUGCAACUGUUAUUGUUAAUGAUAUAAAACGUUAUUUAGCUUAUCUUGAAGAUCUAUUAAGUCAAUGUUCAAUUGAAUCACGAACACGAUAUCAUCGAGAUAUAAGUGAAAUCAAAGAUCAAUUAGAACGAAUGAUGUAUUGGAGAUGUUUAUUUGAACACACAGAACCAUUAAUUAAACGUUUACCAACUUAUUAUUUAUAUGAUUUACAAUCAACUGAAGCAGCAUUAGAAAUUUUUCACCGUAAAUGGACAUAACUUAAAGUAACAAUAAUUAUUAUUAUGUUUUUUGUUGAUUAUAGAGAGAUAUUUUACGAAGUGAACAAAUUCUUCGUCAAAAUAUUAUUAAUAAUUUACCAUGAAGACAAGCUUGUAAAGAAAUAAUUUUAUUUAUUGAUACAAUUAAACGUUUAUUGGAUGAUGAUGAUGAUCAUGGUGCACACCUAUUAAUAAUAGAGAAACUUUACAAAAAUUACUUCAACGAUAUCAAGUAAAUUAAUCUUGUCUUAUUCAUUUUUGUUUUCGUAAAUAAACACUUACAUAACUGAAUGAAGCAUAAAUUGACCGUGAUAAAAGUUUGGUGACUUUGUUUUGUUUUGCAUAUACCUUCGUCAAUGUGUUUUAUGUUAAGAUAUCUUCGUCUAAAGAAAAAAAAAUCUAUGUUGACCUUCUAGCUCUUUUACCUGAUAGCAGGAUUUUUGGCGACUACUGUGCUACUCAAUUAGAUUCUAUUAAGUUGUUGAUGUUUGAGCAGGAAUCAGUGAUUAUUUCUGUUUGAUGGUUUGUUACCAA